UCACCGGAGUCACCGCCCACCAGCCUGUUCGGGCUGGACGCUGCGUCCCGCAGGUUGACUCAGACGCCGGGGCGGCGCCGGGCUAUAAAACCAGCGCCACUCUCGCUCCGACUCCUGAACAUUCCCACCUCCGCUCCGCCGACCUCGUCCCAGCGCCGCACGACCCUUCCAGCCGCCAUGCCUUCAGAACUGGAAAACGCCAUGCAGUCACUCAUCACGGUGUUCCACUCGUACGCCGGUAAGGACGGGAAGAACACGCUCAGCCGGCGCGAGCUGCGGGAGCUGAUGGAGCACGAGCUGCCGAACUUCCUCAAGUCUCAGAAGGACCCCGCGGCCGUGGACAAGAUCAUGAGGGACCUGGACGCCAACGGGGACGGACAGGUGGACUUUGAGGAGUUUGUCGCCCUGGUUGUUGGACUUUCCAUUGCCUGCGAGCAGUGCUACCAGGCGCACCUGAAGAAGUAUGCGAAGAAGUAAACGGCGGCGAGCGGAAGGAAACGACAUGCAUUUUGUAUUUUAUAAAGGUUUUCCCAAUUAAAUUCUUUUAAGAACUCCAA